GCCUUAGCGGCGUGUGAAUGGGAGCUAACAGCGCAGCAGCCAGUUAGCAGCUGGCUAACGAGCGGCUAACGAUAACGGGAUGUCUACAGCCUCUAAGGUGGUUCUGGGUGUUUCUGUGGUUCUGACUCUGAGCACCGUGGCAGGUGUGCACCUCAAACAGACCUGGGACAGAGAGCGUCUCCACGGCGGUGUCCUCAGAGAUCUGGAGCGUCUGGAGAGGAAGAAGGAGAACCUCCGUCUGCUGGAGGAGCAGAGGGUUCUGACCAAACAGCUGGAGGAGGAGAGACGACGCAGAGAGGCCGAGCUCCGCCCACGGGACCACUGA